AAUUUGUUUACGUUUGGAUUGAUAAAAUAUUUCUAAAUAUUCUAUUUUUAUGAGUAAUAAAAAAGUGGGAUUAAUUUCUUCAAUAUAAUUGUCGCUAGCGGUGUCAGUUAUGUAUUGAUAUGAAAAUGUGAAGUGCAGUGUACAGUAAAUAAUGUAAUUAAUUUUCUAGACAAUUAUCUUGUGAUUUUGUCGCAGGGUAGAUUUAGUAACCAUUAUUUAUUAAAAUGACAAGUUUUCAAGUUUCUGAUCUGGUGUCGGGCCUGAAGUCUCGCCAUGCGGAGACUAGACAUAAGGCCAUUCGCGAAUUGUUGCACUUCACCAAAACAGAUCUCCGGGAGAUGUCCCAGGAGUCUCUGCGGCAGGUGCUAGAUGACUUCAACCAACAGAUACAUGCGCUCACCUCCAGUUAUGACAACAAUGAGAAGAAAGCAGGAAUCCUUACCAUAGUUUGCUUAAUUGGAGGAGAUACGGAAACUACAAAAACUAGAAAUAUUCGUUAUGCAUACUACCUCAGAAAUGUGUUUCCAUCUACUGAUUACAAUGUGUUGGAAUUAGGAGCUAAAACUAUGGGCAGACUUGCUGUGACACUUGGCAUUAAAAGAGGGGAAUAUGUUGAAUCUGAGCUGAAGAGGGCUUAUGAAUGGCUGGCAGAGGAAAGAAAUGAAGGAAAGAGGCUUUCUGCUGUGAUGAUCCUGAGAGAACUAGCAAUAUGUAUGCCAUCAUACUUCUUCCAACAUAUCAAUGGAUUCUUUAACUAUAUCAUGAUACCACUGCGAGAUCCUAAGGAACAGAUCAGGGAGGCUGCCGCAAAGGCGCUAAGAGCAGCGUUAGUUAUCACGUCACAGAGAGAAAUACCUGAACAGAGUAACAAAGCACACUGGUACAUCCAGUGCUAUGAACAGUCUAUGCUGUCAUUUGCUGAACAGCCCGGCAGAGACAGGGGCUUGAGUAGAGAUGAUCAUGUGCAUGGUGCACUGCUCAUACUUAAUGAACUACUCAGGUGCUCCAAUGCCACUUGGGAAAAGAAGUACACAACAUUGAUGCAGAAACUGGAUGCUGAACAGGACAUAUCAGAUGAGAUGACUUCCUUGAGCUCAAAAGUACAAAACUCUUGGACCGCUCAACAAUUCCCUGAUGAUAAAAGUCAACAAACAUUAGUAUAUGAAUCGAGUAUUUGCAAAAAGCUUAUUGAAGAACAAUAUGAGAAGAUUUGUGCAGAUGUAAUGGCUCAACAAAUAUCAAGGGCACAUAAUGUACAUCAAAUGCUUCUCCUAAUGAUACCAAGACUGGCUGCUUUUAACAGAGAAGCAUUUGCCAAGAGACACCUUAAGUCUACCAUCAAUCAUUUGAUUACAUUUUUGCGAGGAAGGGAAAAGGAGAAAGCUAUGGCAUUCACCACAUUAGGCCUUAUUUGUGUAGCAGUAGAGUCUGAUGUCCAGCAGUAUUUGGGCAGAAUAAUAGAAAUUAUAAAAUUAACUUUACCACUUAAAGAUACUCCUAAAAAACGCAAUGGCUCUGACACACCAUUGUUCAACUGUGUAACAUUGUUAGGGUUUGCUAUGAAAGAAGAUGUAGCCAAUGAAGUAAAAGAGUUGCUGGACCCAAUGUGUGCUACUGGAUUAAGUCCACAACUGACUACAUGUUUCAAGGAACUCAGCCAGAAUCUUCCUUCUCUUAAAAAAGAUAUAACAGACAGAUUACUGAACAUGCUGUCAUUGAUAUUGCGAAAGAAGCCUUAUGCUCCAAAUAAUGGUGAAAAUCAAAUAGUUCACAUGUUUACUACGGCUAUGCUGGUGGAACCGCAUGACGCUUCCAAGUUAGUACUAGCACUACGCACGCUCGGCUCCUUCGACUUUGAAUGGAAUAAUACCCUGAUGUCGUUCAUAAGGCGAUGUACAGAUCACUACCUCUUAAGUGAACAGCACGAUAUUAGGAUAGAAGCUGUAAAAACUGCGUCGAAGCUGCUUAUAAAAGCGGUUGAGAGAUGCGCCCAGACUAAUUCGCGGACUUUGACCGUAAUAGUUGACGAGUCUCUCGGCAAAUUGCUGUCGGUUGGCCGCUCAGAUUUUGAUCAUGAAGUCAGAUAUAGGGUUCUGGAAAUAUUUACUAAUCCUGUUUUCGAUAGAUAUUUGGCUGUGGAAGAACAUCUUAACUGUCUUUUUGUUGCAAUUAAUGAUUCCAAUAACGAUGUAAGUGAGCUAGCCCUAUGCCUAGUCGGAAGACUUAGCAACAUAAACCCUAGUUACACUAUACCCACACUGCGUCAAUUGUUCGUACAAGUACUAAUGGAACUGCAACACUCGGAAUCGACACGUAACAAAGAGCAAGCGCUUCGAAUGGUAAACAAUAUAAUAUCGCAUGCGCCAAGAAUUACGCGACAAUUUGUAGAUACUAUACUCAACGUAUUAGUACCGAAAUUGAAAGCAGAAGCAGACAACCCAACCAUGGUUGCAACAAUACUGAAAGCGAUAGGCGAUUUAGCUGAAGUCAAUGGAGGCGGAACUGCUCUCAAUAAAUGGUUGCCGGAACUAAUGGCCAUACAGAUCAGUAUAUUGUCGGACCCUAAUCAACCCGAAAAAAGAAGUGUAGCCCUGUGGUCGUUCGGCCAAGUAGUCGGUGCCACUGGGCAUGUCGUCACACCUUAUAUGGAGUAUCCACAUCUAAUGGAUAUGAUGUUGAAUUUUCUGAAGACUGAACAACAGCCUAGAGAAAGGCGAGAAACCAUACGAGUUCUGGGAUUGCUGGGAGCUCUUGACCCAUACAAACACAAAGUUAAUCAGGGUUUGAUCGACUUCCAAACUGUGUCCACUUUGAUUCCCGUCUCUGACACUACUAAUGAAAACAUUGACGUCAAUAUUAGUGAUAUGGUUGUUAACAUGUCUCCUCUGAUUCUCGAUGAAUUUUACCCGGCUAUUGUUCUCACGUCUCUAAUGAGAAUGCUCCGCGAUCCGAUGUUGACACAACAUCACACGAGCGUCGUGCAUUCAGUCACAUUUAUUUUCCAAUCUCUAGGCAUCAAAUGUGUUCCCUACAUAUCUCGAGUAACGCCGUGUCUCCUAAAUGUGAUACGAACUACCGAUAACAGUACAUUCAGGGAAUUUCUGUUGACUCAACUGGCGCAACUCAUUUCCGUAGUUAAGAUACAAAUACGAAAUUACUUGGAGGACAUAUUUGACAUUAUCAAGGAAUACUGGACGCCUAACAGUCAACUGCAGCCCACGCUUAUAAUGUUGGUAGAACACAUCACUGUAGCGAUCGGGCCGGAAUUUAAAGUGUAUCUUCGGAAAAUACUACCUAAUAUUUUGAGGGUUCUUAAAUAUGACAAUAGUAAGGAUAGAGUUUUAACUGAAAAGUUAUUGCUGACGAUACAAAAGUUUGAGAACAAUUUGGACGAUGUGCUGCUCUCUAUAGUGCCGGCUGUGACCGCACUGUUUGACGGCAGGCACGUUCCGCUGUCGAUCUCGAAGCUUGCCAUGGAGACUAUGGAGCACUUGUGUAUGUACUUGUACUUCAGGCCAUUUUCCGCGGUUAUCAUACAAGCCCUGGCCAAAGUUUUGGACAACAAUCCAUCGUUGCGGCAAACAGCCAUGAAUACACUUUGCGCGUUGAUUGUUCAACUGGGCCGUGAAUACAUUGACUACAUACCGUCUGUGGACAGAAUACUGAUAAAGCAUAAAAUACAAUGUCCCAACUAUAUCGUGUUGGUGACCAGACUGCAAGCUAUCUCUACUUUAGCAUCCGAUGACGAUUAUUUAGAUGAGACUCGUCUUCGACUUAGAAACCAAAAGACUGACGUCGUAGGUCCAGGUGACAUCCAGACCAUUCAGAAAUUAUCUUUAAAUGUGUCCAACUUACGGAAAUGUUGGUCCAUUAAGAAUAUAGUGUCCAAAGAAGACUGGAUGGAAUGGCUGAGACAGUUGAGCGUCGCUUUUCUUACCGAGUCUAACAGUCCGGCUAUCAGGGCGUGUUCAAGUCUAGCACAAAACUACCCACAGUUAGCGAGUGAGCUAUUUAAUGCAGCAUUCAUGUCUUGUUGGACGGAACUAGACGACAAGUCCCGUAAAGAACUGGUCCAGGCUCUAGAGCAUGCCCUCACUGUACCCGAUACACCGGAGUUGGCACUCGCAGUACUGAACCUAGCUGAGUUCUUAGAACAUUGCGAAAAGGGCUCUUUGCCCAUACCGAUAAAGUUGCUCGGUGAUACAGCUAUCAACUGCAGAGCUUACGCUAAGGCAUUGUAUUAUAAGGAACAAGAAUACAAAAGAAACCCAUCUAAACAAGUCAUUGAGGCACUCAUACAUAUAAACAACAAACUCCAAAGAAACGAGGCCAGUAAUGGUUUACUAGAGAAAGUCAUAACGCAAAAGAAAAAUGGCGAAACUUCCCUCAAUGUUCACGUUAGGUGGUACGAGAAGUUACACAAUUGGGAUCAGGCUUUAGAACUGUAUAAUAAGAAGUUAGAAGUAGAGCCUCUUGAUGAAGACUCGCGACUUGGUAUGAUGAGAUGUCUAGAGGCUUUAGGAGAGUGGAGGAAGAUAUAUAACCUCACUUCAGAGCAGUGGCACAAUGCAUCAGAUGAUGUCAGGAAGAAAUCUGCAAAAAUAGCCGCCGCAGCAUCCUGGGGCUUGCAAGAAUGGGACUCGAUGCGGAAGUAUGUAGAGGUCAUCUCUGAGGACAGUCAAGAAGGUGCUUUCUAUCGAGCAAUCCUUGCUAUCCACGAGGGCCACUGGCCGGAGUCCAGGCAUUACAUCGACUCUGCUCGGAGUCUGCUAGAUCUUGAGUUAACUGCUGUGGUCGGCGAGAGCUACCAGAGAGCAUAUGGAGCACUUGUAAACGCGCAACUGCUCACAGAAUUAGAAGAGGUAGUGACGUACAAACUUGUGGAAGAACGACGAAAUCCUAUCAGGAAAUGUUGGUGGCUGAGACUGCAAGGCGGGCAGCGGUUAGUUGAGGAUUGGAGGAAAAUGCUGCAGAUACGUAGCUUAGUCAUGUCGCCUCGUGAAGACUUCCAGACGUGGCUAAAGUUCGCGUCCUUAUGUAGGAAGACUGGUGCAUUCAAUCAAGCUCACAAGAUAGUUCUUUCCAUUUUAGGAUCUGAUCCAGUCACUAACCCGGAUGUACUACUCCGAAUGCAAGAUCCCAGAAUCGUGUUAGCUUACAGCAAGAACUUGUGGGAUGCUGGGAACAAACGAUACGCUUAUGACGUGCUACAGAGGUUUUUGGAUAACUCGGAACCAGAUAACGAUGAGCAUUGCAAAUUAUUAGCGCGUUGUCACCUUAAAUUAGGAUCCUGGUGCGAAUCUCUUCAAGAAAUCAAUGAGUUGUCUAUACCGGAGAUAUUGAGGAACUACGAGUCAGCAACGCUUCUCGCGCCCGAUUGGUAUAAAGCAUGCCAUGCGUGGGCCUGCAUGAACUUCGAGACAGUCUUGUUUUAUAAACAACAGGACAAUUUAUCUGAGAGUAGCUUAGCGGGUGGCUCUGGAGAAAAGAAAGUAUCUCGGGCAGACUUUAUUAAUACCCAUACUAUACCCGCCAUAGAAGGUUUCUUCAAGUCUAUAAGUUUGUCGAAUGGCAGCGCGCUGCAGGAUACACUGAGACUGCUUACAUUGUGGUUCGACCACGGACACCACCCGGCGAUAUACGACGCCUUGUUCGAAGGCAUCAGACAAAUCGACGUCAAGAUAUGGUUACAAGUCAUUCCGCAGCUAAUCGCUCGUAUUGAUUCACCAAGGAGUUUGGUUGCCAAAUUAGUUCAUAUACUCCUAAUAGAUAUAGGCAAGUUGCACCCUCAGGCGUUAGUGUAUCCUCUAACAGUGGCGACUAAAUCCUCCUUCGUAACGAGAAAGAAUGCUGCCAACUACAUAUUGAAGACGAUGUGUGCACAUUCUCAGAACCUGGUGAAUGAAGCUGCUAUCAUAUCAGAAGAACUAAUAAAGGUCGCCAUUUUGUGGCAUGACCAAGUAUUUAUUGCUCUCGACGAAGCUUCUAGAUUAUAUUACAGUGAGAAGGACUACCGCGGCAUGUUCAAGACGUUAGACAAAAUGCACGCGAUGCUGGACCGGCCCCCGGAGACGUUGAAGGAAGUCUCGUUCCUGCAGAUGUAUGGACGAGAUCUGCAGGAAGCGCAUCGAUGGUUAGAACUGUAUAAAGAAUCCGGUGAGAACAGGUACCUCAACGAGGCUUGGGAUCUAUACUACCACGUGGUACGUCGAAUAGGCACUCAGUUCCGUUCACUGACGUCACUGGAGCUGCAGUAUGUCAGCAAACGUCUGCACACUUGUAAAGACUUGGAGCUCGCCGUGCCGGGGUCGUAUGUACCCAAUGAAAAGGUCAUCCGGAUCUCGCAUAUACAUAGUCAUUUACAGGUAAUAAAAUCAAAGCAGCGUCCCCGCCGCCUAACCAUCCAAGGUUCCGACGGCAAGCAAUACAUGUUCCUACUAAAAGGUCACGAGGACUUGCGACAAGACGAGCGAGUCAUGCAACUGUUCGGCCUGGUCAACACGUUACUUCAAGCUGACACCAACACAUACAGACAUGAUCUAGCUAUCCAGAGAUAUGCCGUCAUCCCGCUGUCUCCCAACUCCGGCCUCAUUGGUUGGGUGCCACAGUGUGACACGCUAUACAACCUCAUUAGUGAUUAUAGAGAUAAAAAGUCGAAUAAAAUGGCGCUCAGUACUGAACAACAGAUCAUGCUGCGGAUGGCUUCUGAUUAUCAGAAGCUCAUGUUGAGGCAUAAGGUGGAAGUAUUCGAGUACACUCUAUCCCAGACUCCCGGGAACGACUUAUCACGCUUACUCUGGCUGAAGUCCCCUUCAGCUGAAGCAUGGUUCGAGCGUCGCACGAACUACACGCGAUCUCUGGCCGUCAUGAGCAUGGUGGGGUACAUCCUGGGGCUCGGAGACCGACACCCCUCCAACAUCAUGCUGCACCGGGUCACCGGCAAAGUCCUUCAUAUCGACUUCGGAGACUGCUUCGAAGUCACCCAGUCGAGAGAGAAGUUUCCGGAGAAGAUACCUUUCAGAUUGACCAGGAUGCUCAUCAAUGCUAUGGAGGUGACGGGCAUCGAGGGCACAUACCGCUCCACCUGCGAGUCUGUGAUGCACGUGCUGCAUAAACACAGAGACAGCGUCAUGGCCGUGCUCGAAGCCUUCGUCUACGACCCGCUGCUCAACUGGCGCCUCGUCGACAACGAGCGCCACUCACUCUCCGAAUCCUCAUUCUCAUCCGACAUAGAAUCAUCAUACACUCUCCCCAGUCGAUCCCGCAAUCAUCUACACUACGAGUCCCUUGAAAUGCCCCCUGAAGCGAACCUCAACAAGCGAGCGCUGUCUAUACUAAACAGGAUUCGCGAUAAGCUGACGGGCCGUGACUUCCCACACGUGGAAGCAGUUGUGAGCGUACCCAAGCAAGUGGACCUGCUCAUCAAACAGGCGACCAAUAAUGAGAAUUUGUGUCAGUGCUAUAUCGGCUGGUGUCCUUACUGGUAAACUAUGUCACUUACCUAAGUACGUCACUCACAUACUUGUGCGGGAUAACAAUUUUUCCCGAAAACCUCUACGGCGCAACCCAAUUGCUGAUUGGAUUCGCCUAGCGUGGACAUAAUGUAGUGUUAGGGCGGGGCCAUAACAUUGCGUCGCGAAGUCGAAUCGAGAAAAACUAAAGAAAGAUUUUUACGUUACGUUACGACACAACUCAGUGUUGUGGCCUUGCCCUUAGUUCUACAUAUUAUUUGUGUACUGAAAACGUUGAGUAAUUUCAUCAAGUUGCUAAUUCAUGUAAAUAGGUUUGUUAUGUCAAGUGUACACAUAGCUUUAUUACUAUGACGAUUAUUAUGUUAUCUCUAUUUGCACCUUCUUGUAGUAGGUAUAGUAGUGUUUAUAAUGUAAAAAAUAGUCACUUAUAUAAGACUAAUUAUUUUAUUUAUAUUAUGAUAAUUAUCAUUACUAGUAUUUGUUAAGAAAUUAAUUUAUUAAGUUUGUUAUACUUUUGAACGGUAAUUUAUGAGUAAAUAUACAGUGAAAUGUACACUUUCUCAAUCUAGACAGUUAAUUACAUCUGAAUUCCUUAUAUAAAAGUUCAAAAUACGUGGUUAGGUCCACAUAUAAUCCUAUACAAUAUAUUAUAUUCUACUCGUAUUUUACUUGUAUACUCGCAAACUACAGUAUUUUAUUAAUUAUUGUUUUACCACCGAUUGUAGAGCAAAAGACUUAGCUCGUCCAAUACGGGUAAUUAAUGAGACAUCCACGUGGAAAACUCACUGUUUAUUACCGAACGGAAUUCAUAUAAAAGGUUUUAAUAGUUACACAACAAAUAAAAGUAACAAUCAUUUGUAUAAGCCAUUUGUAUAAAUGUUAUCACGGGCACGAGUUUUAUACAGUGUACACGAAGCCGCAUUUAAGUUCACGGUUAUACAUUUUCGGAUGUAGCAACCUAUAAUUUAAUCAAAGACAUGAUUUCUAAUUUAGGUUUCGUUUCAAAUUAUGAUUGCAUUUGUUUUCAUAAAGUGAAUGUUUAUUGUUUGUUUUGUUAUUGUAAAUACCCUUUAAGUAUAAAUGAAUGCUUCUCGUUAAACGCGUUGCCAUUACGCUGUGUAUAUUGGACCCAUACCUACUAUUAAUUAUAAGUUUUGUAAAUACAAUGCGCAAUAAAACUGUUAAAGCUU